GGUGCACGAACAGAGAAGUCAAAUUCACGACUGAGAAAGACCAGAGAGAGAAAGGGAGAGUGGGAGAUCGUAGGAAAGGAAUGGAGAGAAGACAAGCGUAAGAAGGAACGGCUACUUGGCAUGUCAGGCGGGAACAGGGACUGGUGAACAGCCCUAACAGUUCCAAAGCCUCAACAGUUGGCCAUGUAAAAGAAAAGACCUCACAAUAUUGUCACCACUGUAAGCCUGUGAGGGUAUCUCAUAGUAAUCGGAUGGCUCUGACACAAGCCGCGGCUCUACCAUCCUUCAGCUCCUUCUCAAACUUUGCUUAUGCCACUGACAAUAUGAAGGUGCGGAAGUUAGAGGAUGGUGCACUCAGCCUGAACUCUGAAGCCAAAAAGACAUUACCUGGCAACACCUCAGACCUGCAGCUUGAUCAUCCAAUUAGAGGGGAUCACCUAGACGAUGGGGGUGAAGGCUUGUGGGACAUGGAGUUCCUUCUGUCGGACUGGAACAGCCCAUCACCAGAACUAAACUCCUCUCAUGACUACAACACUCAGAAUCUCCCCCAUCCGGCCCAGAAUCUUCCACCUCCUGGGCUGUAUCGCGACGGAGGAGGGGUGUUGAAGGAUCAAAGCUCAGACAGUCUUACUAUGGGCGGCAGUAACCUAAUGGCUGAGCUCCUCUCCCCCAUGGACAGCAUUGGUCCAGCCCCGUCAGAACCCUACAACCCAUCCUAUAGUGAUGACCAACAGGUUCGGUCUUCAACAUCACUGUCAUCAUUCCCCAGUCAGUCAAAUGUGGACCAGUCUGGUUUCACCUCUGGAAUCACCCAAGUACGACACAGACCCAGUGGCUUUCUGACCAAGGCCAAAUCCUGGGACUUCGAGAUGGGACACUACAACCCUCAACACCACACUUCGAUGGUGUCCUUUCAGGACGGCAGAUUCCACCAGGACCCUGUCUCCGUGACAACCUCCAUGACCUCUGACCAUCGAACCCACCAGUACGGCUUCCUCCAAAAUUACUCCCACCACGCAGGUUUCUAUCGCAACCACAACGAGUACAACGUCCACAACCACCACCACCAAGUUUUCUCUGGCUCCGUCAGCUUUCCGCAGCAUCCGCAGGUAAUGGCAGCCUCCUCCACAGAGGGUGCACCCAGUGGCUCGGAGGGGAAGCGCGGCCGCAGGACUGCCACAAAGAAAAGAGCAGCCAUCCAUAGCUGUGAGUACCUAGGGUGUAGUAAGACCUACACCAAGAGCUCCCACCUCAAGGCCCAUCUCCGGACUCACACAGGCGAGAAACCGUACCACUGUACCUGGGAGGGCUGCGGAUGGAAGUUUGCCCGUUCGGACGAGUUGACCCGUCACUAUCGGAAACACACGGGUCAGAAGCCCUAUGAGUGUCUGCUGUGUCAGAGAGCCUUCUCCCGCUCUGACCACCUGGCCCUGCACAUGAAACGACACAACUAAGGAGAGGAGAGCAGAGGGGCUGUGUGAGGCUGCACACCACACACACGUUCUCUAAUGCUCCACACGCUCUCGUUCUCCGUCUCUCCCACUGUGCUUCUCCCGGUGACCCAGGCUCUUGUUUUCACGUUGUCUCUCAAUUCUCCUGAUCAUUCCCUCUCUUUCUCACGACCUCUCUCUCUCUCUCUCUCUCUCUCUCUCUCUUGUUCCCUCUCAGACACACACACACACUAAUCUAAUCAAAACAUGCGCGGCACACAUAGCUAUUACGCUGCCUAGUCAUCACAGACAAAGAUGAGACCAGUAGAGAUACACACAGAACAUGUAGACGCGAGCGCUCCCAACAGCCUUACAGCUGCGUACUUACCCAACACUAAGAGACCCACAGUAGGGCGCAGUCUGGAGAAGAGGUUGUGACAUGAAAAGCCAAAGGUCAAAGGGCACAGAAGCUGGAAUGUUGUUCAAGGUACUUGUUCCAUACAUGGGUCAUUUCCAAUGACCGAAACUCUAUUUGCUGAUCAUAAAAUUUGCUGUAAAUAAUCUAAAAAGAUAAAGGUUUUUGUUUGUGGAUUUUUGUUUAUUGACGCUAAUGUUUUUUUAAAGGUUCUUAUUUUGUUAAUGGUGAAUCCGUAAAGAGAUAUUUUACCCCAUAACUAUAUAUUUGUGUUUUGCUCUUUAGUUCACUGAUAAUGGACUAAAGUGCAAGAAUUUGCAUUUCAGCAGGCAAUUUUGAAGAUAGACAUUUUUAAGUAAAUUUUAAAAAAACGUGUUUUGCACUAACGGUGUCUGUUUGAGUUAUGGCCGUAAAAACAGUGUUUUCCUCCUUGGACAUCAAUGAAUCCACAGCAGUAUAACAGAAUACAAUCUGUACUGAAACAUUUGAGCAGCCAAUGUUGGCUUUCCUCUACUCCACAUACCAUCUUUAAGAUAUAAACUUAUGAUCUGGUGAAGUUGUCUUUAUUUCCAAGAGAUGGAUUUUUUAAACUGAGCCACAGAGGAAAUACACAUACCAGAUACAUCUUGUAUACUUUUUUAAUGAAUACAUUUAAUUUAUUUUCAAGGCUUUUCAUAUUAAUAUAUGACUUUGUAUUUGCUUCAAAUCUUUCCAAAAUGCUAAAUUUGUAUAAUUUGAAUAUUUCAAUAAAGUAAUUUUUGCCCAACAA